GCUUGAGGGGUUUUUCUGGUGGGUGCAUGGGUUUUUCGUUUUUAGCUGGAACUGCUUUUUAAUCAGUGUCUCUUCUCCUUUUCUCUUCUAUCCAUUGCCCCAUGAUGGAUUUUGGUGCCUCACCUGUGUGGGUGGCCUGGCUCUCUCAUCUCUGGAGAGGAAGAGGCGACUAUUUACCUUCAGAUUGUGUGUAUAGAAAGAGAACCUGAAGGAUGUGCAAAGGAGCGUCAUCAUGACAACAGAAAAGAGCCCAGCAGCCGACCCUGACAGCUCAGAGCAGCAGCAAGCCAAGGAGGAGGAAGGAGCUGCUGAAACACAGAAGCAGGAGGCUUCCCUGGAGGAAGGGGCCCAGCCAGCAGCAGAGAGACAGCCCCAGAGGCAGAAGGCCUCCAACGGAGACACCCCCACGCACGACGAGCAGAGCAAGAGGGAGCGCCGCGCCUCUGAGGGCCGCGGGCUCUCCCGCCUCUUCGCCUCCUUCCUCAGGAGGCCCAAGUCUCAGGUAUCUGAAGAGGACAAAGACACUGAUGCUCCUAAAGAGGUGGGAGGUGACCACAAAGACGCAGGAUUAGGAGCCAGCCCUGAUGAAGACAUCCUGGUGAAAGCCCCGAUUGCAGCUCCUGAGCCUGAGCUCAGAACUGACCCAUCGCUUGAUCUCCAUUCCUUAAGCAGUGCAGAAACACAGCCUGCUCAGGAGGAGAGGAGGGACUACCAGGAGCCAGAGGGAAGAGACCUCGAGGACAGAGAAGAAGGGGAAGCAAAGGAAGAGAGUGCCAAGCCAGAACUGAAGCCAGAGGCUCUGGAGACUAAAGCAGACAAGGAUUUGAAAGCUGCCCAAAAAACAGUGAAAAGACACAGAAACAUGUACUGCAAAGUUGUCUUGCUGGAUGACACCAUUUUUGAGUGUUCUGUGGAUAAACACUCCAAGGGACAGGAUCUACUUAAAAAAGUCUGUGACCACCUCAAUCUGCUGGAAGAAGACUACUUUGGUUUGGCCAUAUGGGACACACCAACCUCCAGGACGUGGUUGGAUCCUGCCAAAGAAAUAAAAAAGCAGGUUCAUGGAAGCCCCUGGGAUUUUACCUUCAAUGUCAAGUUUUAUCCACCAGAUCCUGCCCAGCUGACAGAGGACAUCACCAGGUAUUACCUGUGUCUGCAGCUUAGACAGGACAUCCUUACAGGGCGGCUGCCCUGCUCCUUUGCCACCUUGGCUCUGCUGGGUUCCUACACGGUCCAGUCAGAGCUGGGAGACUAUGAUCCUGAUCUCCAUGGCCCAGAUUACAUCAGUGACUUCAAACUGGCCCCAAACCAGACAAAAGAGCUUGAAGAAAAGGUUGUGGAACUUCAUAAAACAUACAGAUCUAUGACUCCAGCCCAAGCAGACCUGGAAUUUCUUGAGAAUGCAAAAAAGCUUUCCAUGUAUGGAGUUGACCUUCACCAAGCCAAGGACUUGGAAGGCGUGGAUAUCACUCUGGGAGUCUGUUCCAGUGGCCUUCUUGUUUACAAAGAUAAACUGAGAAUCAACCGCUUCCCGUGGCCCAAAGUCCUGAAGAUUUCCUAUAAACGCAGCAGCUUUUUCAUAAAGAUUCGGCCAGGGGAGCAAGAACAGUAUGAAAGUACAAUUGGCUUCAAGCUACCAAGUUACCGGGCAGCAAAGAAGCUGUGGAAAGUAUGUGUUGAACAUCACACCUUCUUCAGGCUGACUUCCACCGAGGCCAUCCCGAAGAGCCGGUUCCUGGCGCUGGGCUCCAAGUUCCGCUACAGCGGCCGGACGCAGGCGCAGACGCGGCAGGCGAGCGCCCUGAUCGACCGGCCCGCGCCCCACUUCGAGCGCACGGCCAGCAAGAGGGCGUCCAGGAGCCUCGACGGGGCUAAACGUGCGACUCAAAAGGUUGAGUUCAGAGCCGUAGAGGAAGAGAAGCACAAGGAGGUGGUGGUGGUUGAGGUUCCUGAACCAAAACCUGCGGAUCAGAUCCGAGAGAAGCCAGCCAAACACACUCUUGAAACUUUUGAAAUGAAAGCCAUUGCAGAGGAGGAAGAGGCGGAGGAGAAGGUAGAGGUGGUUAAGGUUCCUGUUGCCAGGCCGCAGCCGGCGCAGCUGGUGCAGCCGCGGUCAGCAGUGGCUGUGAUCACCCCAGAGCGGAGUCCCCGGCCCACCUCAGCCCCGGCCAUCGCUCAGAGCCACGCUGCAGAGCCAGGCCCAGCUAAGCCCGACCUGAAGGACAUGGCCACAUCUAAAGUAGGGAAGGAAGCAGCGAAAUCUGAUGUGCGAUGUGAAGAAUUUCCAGCGGAGAAGCCCAAGGAGCCGGUGGAUGUCUCAAGGGUAAGGAAAACACACAUUGAGGUCACAGUCCCCACCAUGAAUGGUGCCCAGCCCCAGCAGCAGCCUGCAGAAAAAGAGGAAGAGCUGAUAAGAAUGAGGAAGAAGAGAUCAAAGAGGCUAGAUGGUGAAAACAUUUAUAUCAGGCAUAGCAAUUUAAUGUUGGAGGACCUAGAUAAGACGCAGGAAGAAAUCAAGAAGCACCAUGCCAACAUCAGCGAGCUGAAGAAGAACUUCAUGGAGUCGGUCCCCGAGCCUCGGCCGAGCGAGUGGGACAAGCGCCUGUCCAGCCACUCCCCGUUCCGCAGCCUCAACGCCAACGGGCAGAUUCCCACGGCGGCCGACGGAGUCAAGAAAGUCACUGUCCCAUCUUCUGAGAGACAGCCCCCACUAGUGAAGACACAGACUGUCACCAUCUCGGAUGUGUCCAGCGCCAUCAAAAGUGAAAUUCCCACAAAAGAAGUCCCUAUUGUCCACACGGAGACCAAGACCAUCACCUACGAAGCUGCACAGACAGAUGGUGGCAAUGGGGAUUUAGACCCUGGCAUCCUGCUGACUGCCCAGACCAUCACUUCAGAAACCACCAGCAGCACCACCACGACCCAGAUCACCAAGACUGUGAAGGGUGGCAUUUCAGAGACACGGAUUGAGAAGAGGAUUGUCAUCACAGGAGAUGCAGAUGUAGACCAUGACCAGGUCCUGGCACAGGCAAUCAAGGCUGCCAAGGAGCAGCACCCAGACAUGUCGGUGACCAAAGUGGUUGUGCACCAGGAGACUGAGAUUGCAGAGGAGUAGCCAGGCUGUGAAACGUUCCUGCCCGUGACGACACCAGGAAAAAGAAACCCAGCAAAACUACCACGAAACCACCUGGAGCACAAAGACCUGGAUUUCAGACUUGACACUCAGAGACAUUCAUAUCAUUUAUUAAGAGUUGCGCUUUGACAUUUUACUUGGGAUUUUUCCAGACUCCACUGGAUCCUAUUGGACACAGGGUUUUGUUUUGUUGUUGUUUUUUUUUGGUUGUUUUUUUUUUUUUUAAUAUAUCUAUUGUGACAGAAAUAUGCCAUAUUUCUAACUGUACUGAAUAUUUUUUACAGGUUUUCAAUUUUGCAUUCCUUCUCACGCAAAGCCUCUUCAGACACAGAAUCCCCCCUGCAGGGCUCCAGGGCUCCCUGUUCUAACUUGUGUUCCCUCUGCCUCGUCAGGGAUAGCGGAGCUGGAUCCGGAUGCGCCUUCACACAGCCAUGGGUCCUUCUUCCUUCUUCCAGGAGAGUCACUUUAAAGAGCUGGACUUUGUGCAGCAUUUCCAAUUGCUUCCUGAUGAUUUUUGUAGCUCUGGGGAGCUCCAGUCCCACUGCAACCCCUGGGCUGCUCCGAGCUCCCUUCCCUCUGGGUUCCAGCCCUGGCGUGUGAUCACAGUAGGGUUUGUGGUGUUACCUAUGCACACAUCUCAAUAGUUGACUAGAUUUAAGGAAUACUGGAAGUCGCUUCAAAUAUCUUAUACUGUGAAUUUUAGAGCUUUAAGAGGACUGUGAUAGCAUCUCACCUUCUUCCCGUGUGUCUCUACUGAGUGCUCCCCACCUGUUUGUGUUUUAGAUGCCAUUAAAUUAAAAAGCCCUUAGAAGUGUGUAUUUAAGGUGUUUGGACUCGGGGUGCUGUUAAGGUAGGCUUGUGCAGCAUUCACAGGAACUGAGCUUUUUGGUGUCAUAGUUUUUCACUUGUUUGUGUUCAUGAUUUUUAAAUUAGGGAGGGUUUUGGUUUUUUGUUUUUUUGGUUUUUUUUUUCCAUUGUAAGUCAUGGGUUGGGUUUUUUUCCUCCUCUCACAGUGCUAUUUAAAGCUGAAUAUGUUACCCAUUUCCAGAGCAUGUAUCCCACUAUCAUUUAAACUCCUUUAAACAAUCCUUCCUAGGCCUGCAAGCUGCAUUUGGAGAGGCUGAAUAAGGAAUUUUAGGAGGUGUCAGGUGUUGCUGGUUGUGAUAGAGCCAAACCACAUGGGAAGUGUUGACAUUCACUCUUCCAUGCUGGCCUGAGGGUCUGGAUUCAUGACCCUUUGCUGGAAUGAAAUACCAGGAUGAUUGUCUGAAUCUUGAGGCUGAACUUACAGACCCCCAGGGCCAUCUCCAGCACAGAAGGGGUGAUGCAAAAACAUGAUUUCAGGGGCUGGAUGUGCUCCCACUGCUCUCUCAGCUUCAUGGGAAUGUUCCUGCCUGGUUUGUCUUUCCACCAUUUAAAUUCAAGAUUCAAGAAGCAAAAAAUUACCCAGGCUCUGUAAAGAGUCUGCCCAGACAUUUGUGAACACUUAAGUCCACUUGAGGUUGUGGUUUUAUUUUUUUUUUUUCAUGUAUACAUAUACAUAUAUGUGUAAUGUGGCACAGUGGUAGCUGAGGGCAGGGAGUGCUCUGCUCCUCAGGUGAGGAUGGGAAGAAAAUGGCAAUAAAGAAAAAAACUCUACAGUUUUAAAUUUGAAUAAUGUAUUUCAGAAGUCACUGGAUUUAGCUCAGGCUGCAGUGACUCCACUGUUUAGUUGCAAACAGCUCUGGAACUACACUGGGGCUGGUGCAGCUUCUCAGCUUCAGGUGCAAUUUUAAUUCAGCUGUCAGCAUUGAUUGGAGACUCUGCUGGAGCUGCUGGAUUUUGGCUCUCUUUGAGCCUUGCUGGCCCUGAGUCCUGCUCAGCCUCCUCUGCUGGCAGCUGCCUCUGGGCUGCUCUGCCUUCCUCAGGGCAUCCUGCUCUGGGGAUUUAGGGACUCCUGGGCUGUAGUGCAGAGAUUAACUCUUCCUAUCCAUGUCUGAAAAUUCCUGUUGUUCCUUACUCUGCCAUGCAGGCCCUGGAAGGGUCUGUGUCCUGCUGUCCUCAGCUUGGUUGGGUAAUGCCUUAAACACCCAUCGUGCUGAGCACCCUCUGGCAAUGUCCUUUUGCUGGGAACUGAAUUCUUUGCCACUCAGUCCUUUCUUCUCACUUGCAACAGCCCCCUGAGGAGGGAAGGGGCACGUGGAGCAGUGGCUGUGAGGAUUUCUGGGCUUUACCAGGCAGACCCAUUGUCAUAAAUUCAGUUUGUCCAUAGCACUUAAAGGCACUUGGCUGUCAGAAGAAUUUAGGGAAAUGUGGUCCCGGGGUGUUCCCUUGGGGUGUCCCAUGCCCUGGGCACGAUGAGUGGGACAAAACACGCCAAGCAGGGGAUUUCUGGGGUGAGAAACCUGCUGCCAGGAGGGGUGUCUCCUUUCCAAAAGAUUUGCUCACUUUGGCUGCAGAUGUCCCAUGUUAAAGGGCCCACAGACUAGAGUAACCCUGUUUUUUUUUUCCCCUGGAUUUUGGGUGGCAGGUUGUCCAUUUUCACACUUCCCCCUGCUGAGUUCUUGCUUCUCCUGCAGUAAUUUAUACAAGUCUUGGCCUCAUGUGCCCUUUGCUGUCACCUGCCUGACCUCAGGGGUUUCCAGCCAACACAGUGCCCGAGUCAGGAGCUGGAUGGAGCCUGGGAAGAAGAUACAAGUUAAAAGCAGAAGAAGCUUCUCUCACCCUCAGCCAAGGCUGUGGUGGGGCUGCCCACUCCCCUUCCACCUUUGGUGGGAUUUAAAAUCUUUGCCUCUGAGCUGCUGUGUCAGCUCAAGGGACAAGCCAGCUAAGUAAGGUCUAUUUAUAUGAAUGUUCCCAGCUCUUCCCACUCCACAAAUUCACCCAGAGACUGUCUUGAUUGUAUAAUACACAUUAUAUGGAAGCUAUUUAUAUAUGAAUGAAUGUUUUUAUAGAAAGGAAAGCAAGGAGCUCCUGUUCUCCUCCAUUAAACUGGAAUGGCCACUCUGGUUGCCCAGUAGCAAUCCCUGACCAACAGAGAUGUGUUAGCAGAGGACUGACUGAUUUCUGGUUUUAAUAAACUGUGGUUUUCUGAUUUUCCUAAUUGUACAAUUACCGUAAGAGGUGGUAGUGUCCCAGCCUUAGAGAUGAAACUUGUAAAAAACUAAAAAAAAUAAUUUAGUUGAGAAGAUGAAGGACUUUGUAAAAUUUUUUUAAGGUGACUGUGACUUGUCUAGGUUAGGCGUUUACACUUUAUAAAAAUAGGAACUUUUAAAGUUGGUAAAACUUUCUAGAUCAACUAGUGAUGGGAGCUGUUAUUUUGGAUUUUCAUAGUGAAUCAAAGGGAAAGUUGCUGUAGUGAUUAGGCACACCUAAGUGUUCAGUACUGCUUCUUGUAUUGCAUUUUUCAAUAAAUUUUCAAACAAAACUCUC